CUAGCAGCGGUGGGUUUGCUUAGUGACACAAUUCAGCACCAGAGGGACCCAUUGUUUUCUGCUUCUUUCCAUCCGCGGUACAAGUAAGAAACUGAAAUGACGGACAAAGGUGAAGGGAAAAAAGACAAGUCUAAAACUCCUAAGGACAAGAAGUCCAAGGAAAAACCAACAGAGGCUGUUCCCUUAAAGAAAAGGCCCUUUAAGAGACACGGUCGACUUUACGCUAAAGCUAUCUUCACUGGUUAUAAAAGAGGUCUACGCAACCAGCACGAACACACAGCUCUUCUCAAAGUUGAAGGUGCCAGAACAAAAAAUGAUUCUGACUUCUACAUUGGCAAGCGAUGCGUGUAUGUGUACAAGGCUAAGAACAAGACCCCAGUUCCCGGCAACACUACUAAGAAAACAAAGGUCAGAGCUAUCUGGGGUAAAGUUACCCGUCCUCAUGGUACUAGUGGAUCAGUGCGCGCCAAAUUCAAGAGAAAUUUACCAGCUAAGGCUAUGGGACACCGCAUCAGAAUUAUGCUGUACCCAAGCAGAAUCUAAAUUUUUACAUUAACAUAUUACUAUUAAUAAAAAAAACCCACUUAAUAAAUUUGUAUUAUUACUGUAUAUAUAUCCUCCCAAAUUUUAUUUAAAAUACUUGUAAC